AUGACUUCGACGUAUACGAUCAAUUAUGCGCUAAGAGCACAUAAGCGCGAUCCUUUUAUAGAAUUUAUAAAGGGAAUGCUUAUGACACCAUUUGUUUUGCAUGCAAAACCAAUUCCACCAAAAGGUGACUCAACUGAUAAAGAUGACAUAAGCGUAGAUAUGGACGCAAAUGUGACUAGAUAUUGUGAUAUAUUAUCAAGUAUUGAAGAAUUGAUAAAUGAACAUAGGAUAAAAGAAUUGAAAGGUGUUCCUGAACAAUCCCGACUCAAACGACUUGUUCCAUCAGUAUCAACAUUUCAUACUGAAUUGCCAUUACGCAAGUCUUUUCUUUUAGCUAAUGCUAAACAUUCAAUUGCUGCUCGUAGAUUUGUUCCGCCUAGCUUUAAUGACAUUCGAAGAAUAUUAAAUACUGCUCAGAUUCUCGCGAUUGCUCCAAAACUUAAAUUAAUAACUUU